AUGAUGAUGGCAAGGAAGCAAGAUGUCCGCAUUCCCACCUACAACAUCAGUGUGGUGGGUUUGUCCGGGACCGAGAAGGAGAAAGGCCAGUGCGGCAUCGGGAAGUCCUGCCUCUGCAAUCGGUUUGUGCGGCCGAGAGCAGACGACUUCCACUUGGACCAUACCUCCGUUCUCAGCACCAGUGACUUUGGAGGACGGGUGGUUAACAAUGACCACUUCCUGUACUGGGGAGAAGUGGUGCGCUCUCUGGAGGACUGCGUGGAAUGUAAAAUGCACGUUGUGGAACAGACAGAAUUUAUUGACGACCAGACUUUCCAGCCGCACCGCAGCACCGCCCUGCAGCCCUACAUCAAGAGGGCCGCGGCGACCAAGCUGGCCUCCGCCGAAAAGCUCAUGUACUUUUGCACCGAUCAGCUCGGCCUGGAGCAGGACUUUGAGCAGAAGCAGAUGCCCGACGGGAAACUGCUGGUGGACGGCUUUCUUCUCUGCAUCGAUGUCAGCAGAGGCAUGAACAGGAACUUUGACGAGCAGCUCAAGUUUGUCUCCAACCUCUACAAUCAACUCACCAAGACGAAAAAGCCCACGGUGGUGGUCCUGACGAAGUGCGACGAAGGGGUGGAGCGGUACAUUCGAGAUGCGCACACUUUUGUCUUCAGCAAAAAGAACCUUCAGGUGGUGGAGACCUCGGCCAGAUCCAACGUGAACGUUGACUUGGCUUUCAGCACAUUGGUGCAGCUGAUCGACAAAAGCAGGGGAAAGACUAAGAUUAUCCCGUAUUUCGAGGCUUUGAAACAACAGAGCCAACAGAUUGCUGCAGCGAAGGAUAAGUAUGAGUGGCUGGUCAGCCGUAUUGUUAAAAACCACAACGAAACUUGGUCCAACGUCUCACGAAAGAUGCAAUCCUCUCCGGAAUAUCAGGAUUAUGUCUACUUGGAAGGGACCCAGAAAGCAAAGAAACUUUUCCUGCAGCACAUCUUUCGCCUCAAGCAGGAGCAUAUCGAGCGGAGGAAAAAGAUGUACCUGGCUAUGUUGCCUCUCGCCUUUGAUGCCCUGAUCCCAAACCUGGAUGAAAUCAACCACUUGAGUUGCAUCAAAGUGGAGAAGCUGCUGGAGACCAAGCCAGACUUCUUAAAGUGGUUUGUAGUGCUGGAGGAGACGCCCUGGGAUGCCACCAGCCACAUCGACAACAUGGAGAACGACCGCAUUCCGUUUGAUGUGAUGGACACCUUGCCUGCCCAGCAGCUCUACGAGACCCACCUGGAAAAGCUGAGGAACGAGAGGAAGAGGGCAGAAAUGAGAAGGGCUUUCAAAGAGAAUCUGGAGACGUCCCCUUUCAUAACCCCUGGAAAACCUUGGGAAGAAGCUCGCAGUUUCAUCAUGAACGAGGAUUUCUACAUGUGGCUAGAAGAAUCUGUGUACAUGGACAUUUACAGUCGGCACCAGAAACAAAUUAUCGAGAAGGCCAAGGAAGACUUCCAGGAACUGCUCCUUGAGUAUUCAGAACUCUUUUAUGAGUUGGAGCUCGAUGCCAAGCCCAGCAAAGAAAAAAUGGGGGUCAUCCAGGACGUCUUGGGGGAAGAGCAGAGAUUUAAGGCGUUGCAAAAACUGCAGGCUGAACGAGACGCCCUGAUCUUGAAACAUAUUCACUUCGUCUACCAUCCCACCAAGGACACUUGUCCCAGCUGCCCGGCUUGCGUAGAUGCUAAAAUAGAGCACUUAAUAAGUUCCAGAUUUAUCAGGCCCUCGGAUCGCAAUCAGAAAAACUUGCUUUCCGAUUCCAACAUCGACCGCAUCAACUUAGUCAUUCUUGGGAAAGAUGGACUUGCCCGUGAGCUGGCCAAUGAGAUCCGAGCUCUUUGCACGAACGAUGACAAGUACGUGAUAGACGGGAAAAUGUACGAGCUCUCCUUGAGACCCAUCGAGGGUAACGUCCGGCUCCCGGUUAAUUCUUUCCAGACGCCAACCUUCCAGCCCCACGGCUGCCUCUGCCUUUAUAACUCUAAGGAAUCUUUAUCUUACGUUGUGGAGAGCAUCGAGAAGAGUAGAGAGUCCACCCUCAGCCGAAGGGACAAUCACCUAGCUCACCUUCCCCUCACCCUAAUUCUGGUGAACAAGAGAGGGGACACCAGUGGAGAAACACUACACAGUUUAAUACAGCAAGGGCAACAGAUUGCGAGUAAAUUGCAGUGCGUGUUCCUCGACCCGGCUUCCACCGGCAUAGGAUAUGGGCGCAACAUUAACGAAAAGCAGAUCAGCCAAGUCCUGAAAGGCCUGCUAGAUUCAAAGCGCAACUUAAACCUGAUGAGCUCAACCGCAAGCCUUAAAGACCUGGCCGACAUCGACCUCCGGAUCGUCAUGUGCUUGUUGUGCGGAGAUCCUUUUAACGCUGACGAUAUCCUUCUCCCCAUUCUUCAGUCCCAGUCCUGCCGGCCCUCCCCUUCUGGAAGCAGCAAUUCCGUGUUACUUGAAUACCCCGUCGGACCCCACAAGAGGCGCAUAGAACUCUCCUUGCUGUCUUUCCACUCCGCUUUUAGCAUUCGCAAAAGCUGGCUGGUCCACGGUUACAUUUUGUUCUACUCCGCCAAGCGCAAGGCAUCUCUGGCUAUGUUGCGUGCCUUUCUUUGCGAAGUGCAGGACAUUAUCCCCGUUCAGAUCGUGGCGCUCACGGAGGGCUCCCUCGACGUUCUAGACAACGAUCUGAGUCGAGAACAGCUCACGGAGGGGGAGGAAAUCGCCCAGGACAUCGAAGGGAAAUUCACAAGCAUGCCUUGCAGCCAGCCUCAACACAAGCUGGAGAUUUUCCACUUGUUCUUCAAAGAUGUGGUGGAGAGGAAGAACAUCAUCGAGGCGACCCACAUGUACGACAACGCGGCGGAAGCCUGCAGCACCACGGAAGAAGUGUUCAACUCUCCCCGGGCCGGCUCCCCUCUUUGCAACUCCAACCUGCAGGAUUCUGAAGAAGACAUUGAGCCUCCCAGCUACAGCCCUUUCAGAGACGACGGCUCCAUGGCCACCUUGUCCAAAGACCUUUCCAAGCUCUCCAUGGAACUGGAGGGCAACGACGGGCUUUCGGUCUUCUCUGUGAUGAGCACUUUCGAAAGCAAACUGAACAACAAAGUACCUCCACCCGUGAAACCAAAGCCCGCUGUCCAUUUUGAUAUCACCAAGGGAGAUCUCGCUUACUUGGAGCAAGGACACCGAGACGGACAACGGAAACCGGUCUCCUCCAGUAGCUGGCCACCAACCGACGGCUUUGACCCUUCGGAUUAUGCCGAACCCAUGGACGCCGUGGUCAAACCCAGGAACGAGGAGGAGAACAUCUACUCUGUGCCUCACGACAGCACCCAAGGCAAAAUCAUCACCAUUCGGAACAUCAACAAAACCCAGUCCAACGGUAGCGGCAACGGGUCAGACAGCGAAAUGGACACCAGCUCCUUAGAGCGGGGGCGCAAGGUGUCGCUAACUAGCAAACCGGUGCUGUAUCGAACCCGAUGCACGAGACUUGGGCGAUUUGCCAGUUUCAGGACCAGUUUCAGUAUAGGGAGCGAUGAUGAGUUGGGGCCCAUUAGGAAGAAAGAAGAGGAUCAGACGUCCCAAGGCUAUAAAGGAGAUAACGCUGUAAUUCCCUACGAGACUACUGAUGAAGACCCCAGGAAAAGAAAUAUCUUGCGUAGCUUGAGGAGGACCACCAAGAAACCAAAGCCUAAGCCUCGACCAUCAAUCACAAAGACUACAUGGGAGAGCAACUAUUUUGGGGUGCCUUUGACCACUGUAGUGACCCCAGAGAAGCCCAUUCCCAUUUUUAUUGAGAGAUGCAUUGAAUACAUUGAAGCAACAGGGUUGAGUACCGAAGGGAUCUACCGGGUGAGUGGAAACAAAUCUGAAAUGGAAAGUUUACAGCGGCAAUUUGACCAAGAUCAUAACCUGGACUUUGCUGAGAAGGAUUUCACUGUGAAUGCUGUAGCUGGAGCCAUGAAGAGCUUCUUCUCGGAGCUACCGGAUCCCCUGGUGCCCUACAACAUGCAGAUCGAGCUGGUGGAGGCCCACAAGAUUAACGACCGGGAGCAGAAGCUGCACGCCCUUAAAGAGGUCCUGAAGAAAUUCCCCAAGGAGAACCACGAGGUCUUCAGAUAUGUGAUCUCUCAUUUGAACAAAGUGAGCCACAACAACCGCACCAACCUGAUGACCAGUGAGAACCUCUCCAUCUGCUUCUGGCCCACCCUGAUGCGACCUGACUUCAGCACCAUGGACGCCCUGACCGCCACCCGCAUCUACCAGACAAUCAUCGAACUCUUCAUCCAGCAGUGCGCUUUCUUCUUCUACAGCCGGCCCAUCACCGAGCUCCCCGGCGCCACCCCCAACUCCCCCUCGGCCCUCCCCGUCUGCGCCCCGUUCCUCUCCUCCACGCCCGUGAUGGCCCAGCCCUCCCCGCCCCAGACGCCGCCCCCCUCACCCCAGUCGCCCCUGCAGGCCCUGCUCCCGCCGCAGCUCCAGGCCGAGCAGCACACACUGUGA